AUGAGUCACCUCGCCAGCUUCCUCUCCUACGCGCGGCGCACUGGGCUUGACGAAACGUCGACCGUCUACAUCGGCACGCACUACGAGUACAGCGCGGCGGCGGCCCUGCGCCGGUACGGCUUCUACCUACGGCGCAUCGGCGGGGCGUCGGACCACGGCGUGGACCUGGUCGGCACGUGGACGCUGCCGUCGCGUCCACCACAGCAGCUCCAGCAGCAGCCGCAGUCUCAGAAGCAGCAGCAACAGCAGCCGCCGCCGAUGCGCGUGCUCAUCCAGUGCAAGGCCGGCAGCGGACACAAGGUCGGCCCCCAGCACGUGCGCGAGCUCGAGGGCGCGUUCGUCGGCGCGCCGGCCGGGUGGCGGGGCGGCGGCGUGCUGGGCGUGCUGGGCGUGCUCGCGACGGAGCGGCCGGCGACCAAGGGCGUGCGGGACGCGCUCGGGAGGAGCCGCUGGCCGCUGGCGUACGUGUGCUGCUCGCGCGAGGGCGGCGUAGUGUCGCAGAUGCUGUGGAAUAGGGCCGCCGAGGAGCUCGGGCUGGAGGGCUAUGCGGUCGUGCCGAGGCGGGGGGGUGGCGGCGAGGAGGGCUCGCUCGUGUUGAUGCACAAUGGUGCGGUCGUCGGGGAUGUGUCAGAGGAGAAGUGA